AAAGAGAGAGAGAGGAGUUCUGCUUCCAUAUCCAUCAGGUCUCAGCCACUCAAGUCAGAUCAGAGGGGAGGAAACCACACGAGCUGCUCCUCCUCGGUCUUCGCGUGGUUUUGCGGGGAUUUGACCGUGCCGACGCGAGUCUGAUGUGCCGACGCAAGCGCCUGCCCUAAAGUUGGAUACCGAAAACUGAGCGAAGGGUUUACUCCUACCUAGUCCCUUGAAGAGGAGCUCGGAGACGCGAGCGGGAGCCCCGUGUUUUGCUGCGAUCGGAGCACCAUGAAGCUCCUGUGCUGGAUGGCGCUGGCGCUGCUGCUGCUGGCGCAAACUGCCCUGGCACAGCGACGCACAUCUCGACCAAGAGAUGAUGAGAGUUCUGGAGAUGGUUUUUACGACGAUGAGGACUUAUUCUCUGGAUCUGGCUCUGGCUUUCCAGAUGUGGACGUUAGUCCAACUUCAGCAAGUGUGACGGUCACUACAGAAGAGCCCCUCCCACUUUCUACCACACAGGCCACUGGCCCCGCCCCCUCGGCCUCCCCUGCCGCUGAGCCAAGUAGCCCACCUCCACCUGAGGUGGAACGUGAGAGCGGCUUGGGACAAGAUGUAGACAGAGAUGGCAAGGAGGAACAGGAAUCUAAAAUCAUCACAAGUUUAGAACCUGAUAAAGAUGAAGAGGAACAAGAGAGAUCGAAAGCUACGGUUGCCCCCCGGCUGACUGAUGUUCCUCUAGUGUUCGUGGACUCAUCCACCGCUCUGGUUGAGACUACAGUGGCCAGUAGUGAUCUGGAGGACCUCUUCACCACAGAAGAAGAGGAUCUAUACCUUACUACAGAAACCAUCAUGUUAGAGCCAUCCAGCACACCGGAGACGACAACAGAUGACAUCACAACCACUGAGGUCAUCCCAACCACCGUUGCGUCCACCACUGCUAAGCCAACCAGACCACGCCCUACUCCGACCACUCCGAGCACCGCCCCCAUACGACCCCGGAAACCCCACACUACCGCCAGUAGAGCCACCCCGACUGAGACCAGCACUCGAUCAGUGAUGACCACAACACAGACACAAACACCAGAUGAAACCGUAAAUAAUGAAGUUGCAGGACCAGGUCCAAGUGGUGAUUUUGAAAUCAGCGAGAAUGGAGGUCGCCAAGGCAACGAGGUCAGGAGAGGCAAAGGGGAGCCUGGCGUGGCAGCAGAACCAGAUCUGACUGGUAACACAGUAGAUGCUGCUGGAAGCUCAGCCGCUCAACUUCCACAGAAGAACAUCCUUGAGAGGAAGGAAGUUUUGAUAGCGGUGAUUGUCGGAGGUGUAGUCGGAGCACUCUUCGCAGCAUUCCUCGUAAUGUUACUCGUCUACCGGAUGAAAAAGAAAGAUGAAGGCAGCUACACAUUGGAGGAGCCUAAACAAGCCACCGUCACCUACCAGAAACCGGACAAGCAGGAAGAAUUCUACGCCUAACAUCCAUAUGUUCAUCCUCGUUCAUCUCUCCAACCUUGUCCUAUCUCCAUCUGACCCCCCCCCCCCUUCUUCUUUUCAUCUCACCCCUUUUCCUUUGAUCCCUUUCUUCCCUCGUUUCCCCAUGAGAGUGCCUCUCAUUCCACAGACUCUGAACUUUCUUUAAAAAAAAAAAAACACUGAAAAAGAUCAAUGUAGAAUAAAAAGGAAUUGGUUGUGGGUGGAGCUUGGGGAGGGGGCUGGGCCAGAGAGGGGGCGGGAUGUGAGUCUACACAUACACAGAGAAGAAAAAAACUUUUUUAAGAACAUGUUAUUAUUGAUAUGUUUAGGAUCGUUGUUCUAUGAAAUUAUGACCUGAAUCUUUUUUUUUGUAAAGACACUGCGUUUCAGAUGUGUUUCCUGCACAAUAUUAUGGGAGCAAAAAUAAAUAAAAAAACAGCAUGAAAAAUGAGGGAGAGGAAAAUAACACAGUUGGGGUCAUGGAGGGAUUGUGAAAGUCAAGCGAGAAAAAGGUGCAGAAAUAAGAGUUGCAUGGCAGAAAUAGAAGAGGAAUUUGAAAUCUGUCCUCAAAAUGCUCUUCUGUCACCAAUGCCAUAGAUCCAACGUGGUGUGGUGCCUUCCAUUUCCCUGGUGCUAGAAACAGCUCGAGCAGAGCGAGCGUUUGUGUGUGUGCUUGUGCAUAUGUGUGCGAAUGUGUGUCUAAGGUGCCUUUGUGACCCCAGCCUAGACUCACGCGCGCGCACACACACACAUGCACAGGUGCAUACACUCGGCCCGACUCCCUCUGCUGGUUGAGAGCAUGUGUCAGCACAAUGGUACUGUCCGAUCGGAGAAGGGAGCCCGAAACACGUACACAGCACAUUAAAAACACUGAAGAUUUGCUGUGAGGGAGCGCAUGCAUAGAAUCAGAGGAAUAGCCUCUCCUCUGCUCUGUAUAAAGACUUUAGUAAUCAUUAGUAAUAAUCAAUAAUAUAUCAGCAGCCCUGAAUGGAAGGAAAAUGGUGAUCAUAAUAUUCGUAGUGAAGGAUAUUAUCUAUUUAGCUGUGCAGGUUUUAUCGGUGUAAAUAUCAACUCGAUUUUUUAUUUUUGUCAAGCUUUUAACCAUGCUAUUAUAGUAAAAAACUAAACACACACAGACACAUAUGCUAUUGUUAUCCAAUUUUUGGUAGUUUAACCUGGAGAAAUGCUGAAACCUUUGCUUCAGGUUUAUUAGCCUUUCACCAGUCAUUAGUCAAGCGUCUGGUUUUUGUUUUGAAAGCACAAGAUUAGUCUCUCUCACCACCACAUUCAAUUACAAACUGAGAAAUUUCCACUCGCAUACAUGCCACACAAGCAGCCCUGAUGGACAGUUAUGCUCAAGAAGGAUGUUGUAGGAACGUGUUAAUGAGGAACGUGUGUGAUUAGGGAGUUUGUGAACCUAAACCUAAUGGUUUGCGAGAAAAAUAGCUUGUCUAAUAUAAAGAAAUCUGAGUUUAAAGCCUUUAAGUAGUGCGAUCUCAGUGAUAGACAAAAUUACUGUCACUGUUUUUGUGUUUUAUUUGAUGUUCAUGUCAGGAUACAUUUAAUUCAUGGAAACAAAAUGACUAGAAAUGCAUGAAUUAGCAAUAACAAGCUAUCAACAACUGUCUCUGUGGUUGACGUGCUCAGAAUGAAUGUGACAUGUCACGUGAUGUGAUGUCAGUGUUACUCGCAGCUGUAGCACAAGAUGUUCGCAAAACGCAGAAACGAUGACAACUUGUCUUAACAUAUAUCAUUUUAAAUAUCUGAUCAUGUAAAUGUACUAUAUCCAAUCUGGGAUGGUUUGUGCACAGUAUCAGCACUCUGUCCCUGAAAUUGUCUUUUUAUAUCAACAGUAAUGGAGAAUUAUGCCCCACCCUGUUUAUAAACAUAUCGCUGAGGGUAAAGCUGCCAUAACACUGAAAUGUGACCUCAAAUAAUGCUACAUGUUAUAUCACAAAUCAUGUGUUUUGAAUGCAUGGUUAUGAUUUUUACACUCAAGCAUAUUCGACUGAGUGUGUCUACUAGAGCACAUUCAAGACGCCACACUGUUCUCAUUGGGAUAUUUUAGGCAGGUGGGGGAAAUCUUGAGACCCGUACGAGGUUGUUGUACUUCAGUCUAUGAUUGUAAUGUCACACCUGUGCAACAGUACCUGUAGUUUGAAUAUUGUACUUUGUAUGAUCAUGUCCUGACAGUGUGCGCGAGUAUGUAUGUGUGAAUAUUGGCUUGUUUUAAUGCAUCUGCAAGUGUGUUUCACUCCCUAAUAGUUCUUCCGUUGUGGGGACAUAUUCUCCUCUCCCUGCACUUAAAUUGCGAUGUGACACUGACAAUGUUACAUAGCAUCACAGCCUCUGCAUUGUAAAUAGGACAUAGAGUGAUUUCUGACCCAUCACAGCACACCUUUAAUUAAAUUACUAUAGUAAGGGCCAUUCUACUUGACACCGAAUUAAAGCUACAGACCAAUAAUCGGUUUGACCGAUAUUUGGGGGUUUCUUUUACCAAUAUUCAUGUUUCCUACUUGGCUGUGUGUUCUGUAAUAUUCAGUCUACUGAAUAAGUACACCAUCUAGUCGAUGUCUAAAGAAUAGCAGCGAUGCCAUUACACCACUAUAUGUUCACAUGUAAAAUAAAGACUUGUAAAUGUUUGCAUUAUUAUGUCACUUUUUACGUGAAACAAUGAGAAGCAUUUUAACCUAGAGACUCAGAAGACAUAGACCAUAUAGACCAAACAAAGAUAGAAAUGAAUUUGCAACUAAUCUACAACUAAACACAGAAAAAGUUAUAAAUGUAUUACAAAAAAUAAUGGAAUUAUGAGUAUUUGUAAUUAUUGAGAAAAUAAUUAUAAUGCUAAUGUUUUUAAUUAUUUUAUCAAUAACAACAACAAAAAAACAUAUAAAUGGCAUUUAAAAAGUGAAACAACAUUCAUUACAAAAAAAAUGUAUCUAUUAGUUUAGGAUUUGUCUUCAGUUGUGUCUAAGAGACUGGCUUUAACAAUCAAUGCUCACAAAACCUCAGCAAUCUUUAGUGUCUAAUUGGAAUAUUGAAUUGAAUAAUGUUAAUCAAUUGCUUACAUGCUAAACUUAUAGUUGCAAGUCUACAAUUAUUAUGUGAAAUUCAGGUAUUAAGACAUGAUGAUUGUUUAACAUUUUUUUUGUACAAAACAAGCUGUUUGUGCUGGAGGUUUAAUAUUUCAUCAUCCACAGCUUUCACCCCACCACUCCUACAAUCUUAUCUCGUGAGCAACACAUUCACAUGUCCUUGUGAAGCCCCCACAUCCCAACAACAAACAUGCACCUGUCCAUUCUGGAGGUCACUGUGUUAACAUUAUGGACAUCAGAGGAACUUUGAGUUAGCAUUGCCGUCUUUUCUGCUCAUUUCUAAACUGUCACUCUUUCUAUUCAUAGCUAAAUAUGAGGCGGGCCUUCCUGUGUCUGUGUGCCAAUCACAGGCCAGCAUGGUCCUGGUCUGACGGUUGCCCAGCGUGGUUUUAUACAUGCACAUUUUUAAAAAAAACUUUUGUUUUUCUUUAUUUUUCUCAUUGAUUGAUUUGUGUAUAAAGAGGCAAAGUUCUGUCACUAAUAUGCCACUCUAUUCUAAAUAAAAACCUGAUUGGUUA